GCGGGCGUUCCUGCGGGGGGGCGGCGUCGCUUUACGGCCGCUUGGGGGCAUGAGCGUCUUCGACCUCUUCCGCGGCUUCUUCGGCUUCCGCGGGGAGCGGAGGACCCCCGACCCCUUUUGGGGGGCAUUCACCCGGGAUGACGAGGACGAGGACGACGAGGACGACGAGGAUGAUCUGGGUUUUAGAGAAAAUCACUUUUCCCCCGACGGCUUCAGUUUCGGCUUUACUUUCGAGCCGGGCGGCAUUCACUUCGACGACCAUUUUGGCUUCGAGCAGCUUUUCCAAGAUUUUAACAACUUCUUCAGCGACGUAGGAGCCCGGAGUCUGCCUCCCCCAUCUUUUGAAUUCCCUUGCCCGGAAACGCCCUCGCCACCAGCCGGCCACCCCCUUGAGAAGGGACAGACUCUGCGGGAUUCAAUGCUGAAAUGCCCAGACAGCCAUCGCCCUGGAGUAGAAGAGGGUCCAAAUCCUCCAAUUUCAGAGAGGAGGCCCUGGCCCCCUUUCCGGGGGCUUCCGGAGACCCAGCUGGACACCGCUGAUUUGAAAGAUUCUCCCAAAGAAGAUGGAGAUCUUGAUUCUCAGGUUACUUCCAAAGGCUUGCAAGUAAUUCUUCCCCCAGCCCAACCCAGGUCCUAUUUCAAAAGCGUCUCGGUCACAAAAGUGGUGGCACCGGAUGGGACCGUUGAAGAACGCCGGACUGUACGUGACAGCCAGGGCCAUGAGGAGACGGUUGUCACCCGGAGCAGGGGGGAAUCAACUUUGGGGCCUGAUGAUGGCCCAAGGCAUCCAGCCCCCUUCAGCUCCCGGCAGGAUGGGGACAUGAGCGACACGGAUUCCAUUCUGAACACCUUUUUCCGCCGCUGGUUUCCAAACCGGUAGUUCUGCUGGCAGGGAAGUCAGGUUUGCAUUGGUUUUCUACGCCUCGCCUCGCUCCUGCCCCACCCCUUCGUGGACCCCUUGCUGCGCCAUAGUCCGGAAAGAUGACAAAUACAAUAAAAAUAAAAAUCUCUUUUUAUGCUGGA